UCCUUACGUCACAAUGCACAGCGUAAUACGUAAUACGUGCUUCAAGGAUUUUGGAGAAACAGGAAACAUUUGCCUAAAAAACAAAUAAGAUUUAUAUAUCAUUUUAGUUAAAUAUAUGAUAUAUAUUUAAACUGUAUUAAAAGGAGACUAUUACUACAUAAUGUGGACUAGAUAUGGCUCUUCCUGGUUGUGGUUCCUGACAUUCCUGUCUCACCGAGUCCUGGCAGGUGAGCUGGUGGAUGGUUACAUGGGGGGGGACGUCAUCCUGCCCUGUGUCGGUGGUCCCAGCAGUACAACACAGCCAACUGUCUACUGGCGUUUCCAGCACAAUAGGAAUGUCUUCGAUGUUAUAGAGGGAGCCCAUACUCUACAGACCCAGGAUCCCCAGUUCAAGGACAGAACAAGUGCUUUUCCUGCAAAGUACAGCAAGGGCAAUUUUUCCCUGCUUCUUACUAAUCUUAGCAGCACUGAUGCUGGACAGUAUUCAUGCUACAUAAUUAAGGCAAACAUUCAGCGUGACGUUACCCUGCAAGUCAAAGCUAAACCCACCACUGACAUAAUGACCCCCGGACACUCAGACAGCACUGAUGACAGGACUCCAAAGACGCCUCUCCUUCUGCUCUCCCUGCUUGGAUCAGUGCUCCCACACCUUUAUAGAUAGUCCGCCCCCCAAAGGGGGUGUCCCCUGUCUUCUGCCCUGUGCCUCCUGAUACAGACUCCAGCCCCCCCACAACCCGGCAUUGGAUCAGGGGCUGGAAGGUGAAUGUAAACAUUCAGGAAUAAUCAGAGAGCUUUUGCCUUGUCAGUAUAUAUGUGACUUUUUGCUUGGCUGAGCAGAUUGUAAUUAAGGUAUGUGUCCCUAUGCUUAGGGAAUAAGACACUGUGCAUUAUCUGCCUCUGUGCUGAUUAACUAAAUGAAUGAUUAACAUGUCAUCAGAUCAUGGUCCUAGAGUCAAACUUUGGAUAUGAAAAUACAGUUGUGUUCGAUUUAUUAUAUUUAUGCAUUAAAAUGACAAAGAAAUGUGUAUAACAUUAGAUAAACUUUUUUGAUCCUGGCGGUAAAUUCUUGUGCAUUCAGCAGCAAGGUACAUAGAGCAGUGUUUCUCAGACCAGUCCUCAGGGACCCCCAGAGAGUCCAGGUUUUUGCUCCCUCCCAAUUCCCAAGGACUGGUUUGAGAAACACUGACGCAGAGCACAGACAGAACAUGCAUAUAAUGCAACAGAGACAAAGUGCAAUGACAGUAUAUGUAAACGUAGUAGAAACAUUAAAAAGUACACAGUUCGCAAAUACAAACCGGAUUCCAAAAAAGUUGGGACACUAAACAAAUUGUGAAUAAAAACUGAAUGCAAUGAUGUGG